AUGCCUUCCCGACAAGAAGUCUCCUACUUUGGAGCUGGUCCAGCUCCCCUACCCACCUCUGUUGUCGAAGCUGGCGCACAGGCAUUUGUCAACUUCAACGAUUGCGGACUUGGUCUCGGUGAGAUCUCCCACCGUUCUUCCGCCGCCAACAAAAUCCUCGAUGACGCCAAAGCCAACCUCACUACCCUUCUUGAUAUCCCGGAUAACUAUGAGGUUCUCUUCAUGCAGGCUGGUGGCAGUGGCGAAUUCAGCGCCGUCGUCCAAAACCUUGUCCCUGUCUGGAUUGAGCGCCGCCGUCGCCGCGCCGAAGCCGAAGUUUUGAAGGCCAACCCCGGCGCCGAGAAGUCACAGGUGGAUGAAUUGGUGUUCCAGAGACUGCAGAAGGAGGUCGAUGAGGAAUUGAAGCUGGAUUACCUGGUCACGGGCUCUUGGUCACUCAAGGCCUCGCAGGAAGCCGCCAGACUGGUGGGCUCCAAGUACGUUAAUGUUGCUCUGGAUGCCCGGAAGGCCAACGGUGGAAAGUUCGGUAAAAUCCCCGCUGAAGAGACCUGGUCGUUGACCCCCACCAAGCGGGAAAGCGGAAAGGGCUCGGCGUUUGUCUACUUCUGUGACAACGAGACUGUGGAUGGAGUGGAAUUCCAGGAAUUCCCCAAGUCAUUGGAGGCCCAGGGCCAGGAUGAAGAAGAUGAGCGUCUGGUUGUUGCCGAUAUGAGCUCCAACUUUAUCAGCCGAAAGGUUGACGUUAGCAAAUAUGCCGUGAUUUUCGGUGGUGCGCAGAAGAAUAUUGGUGUCACUGGCAUCACUAUCGCCAUUGUCCGCAAGGAUCUGCUCCCUCCUCACACUGCCACCCCUCCCCCUGCUCUCUUGCACCGCUUGAACAUCGGUGGCCUUCCCGGCCCUGUCGUGCUGGACUACGCAACUAUCGCCAAGAACAACUCUCUCUACAAUACUCUUCCCAUCUUCAACCUCUGGAUCGCCGGUAAGGUGAUGUCCGACCUGGUGGGUAUUUUUGGCGCUCAAAAGGUCAGCGGACAAGAAAAGGUCGCCGAUCAGAAGGCACAGCUCAUCUAUGAAGCUCUGGACAAGUACCCGCAAGUGUACCAGGUUGUUCCUGACAAGAGCGUCCGCAGCCGAAUGAACAUCUGCUUCCGCGUUCACAGCGGAGAUGAUGCCAAGGAGAAGGAGUUCCUGGCCGGUGCCGAGAAGCGUCUUCUCCAGGGCCUGAAGGGCCACCGCAGUGUUGGUGGUAUGCGUGCCAGCAACUAUAAUGCCGUUCCUCUUGAGAACGUGCAGAAGCUCGCCAAGUACCUUGAAGAUUUCGCCACAGGCAACUAG